UGAACAGCAUCUUUGUGUAGCCUCCGGCUGCCGGCUGGGGUGGGGUCACGGGCAGCCAGGCCUGCGGGCCUGGGUGCUUCUUGUUUACCCCAGGCACAGCUGGGGUGGCUGCCAGGGCCCGCCCUCACCCGCCCUGUGCUCCUCCUUGGAGGACUCCAAGCUGAAGGUUCCUGCUAAGAGUUCGGAGGUUUCGUUUGGCUGGUCCUUAAGGCCUCUGGUGCACAUGAGCCGGGCAGGAACCUCUGUGUCAUGCCAGGCUGCUCCUGCUGGGACGAUGUUUUCCAGUACGAGACAAACAAAGUCACCCUCAUCCAGAGUAGGAACUAUGGUACCCUGAAGUGGGUCCUGCACCUGAUCGUCUUUUCCUACAUUAGGUAAGUGGGGCGCGCGCCGUAGCACAGGAAACCUGGGGCACAGCUGCAGUCCACAUCCUGAACGUCCUGAGGGUUUCGGUGCUAAGAAGGCAGCAGGUGAGGAAGCCGGCACCAGGCAUGCGAGGGGCUGGCAGGUGGGUGGGAGGCCCAGGUCACCCGCUGUGUUCCCAGGAAGGAGCAGGGAUUGCAGGGCACACCUGGUGCUGGCGUCUGAGUCAUCGAGCUGAACAGGAGAACAGGACCAGGCUUGUAAAUGUCACUUCAUGUUCUUUACAAAUGUCAGGAAGAGCCAUGCUGGUUUUCUUCCCCUGACAGCUUUGGAGUGUAAUUCAUACUCCCCGCAAUCGGCCCAGUUAAAGUGUGCGAUUCCACAGAGUUUAGCUGUUCAUAGUUCUGUCACUGGAGUGUCAGAUCAUUAUCACCCCCCCCCCAAAUCCCAGGCCCUCAGCCGUCACCCACCACCUCAACCUCCCCACCACCCCUCCGCUGCAGACCCCAAUAAUCCACUUUGUCUGAAUGGAUUCACUUGUUCUAGAUACAUCGUAUAAACAGAAUCAUACACAUGUGGUCCUUUGUGGCUCAUUUUUUUCUUUUAGCGUGGAUUAGGUCAUACUUUUGUAUGGAUGAAUAGUGGCCCACUGUAUAAAUAGACCACUUAAAAAAUUUUGUUAGUUUUUGGAGACAGGGUCUCACUAUGUAGUUAAGACUGCCCUCAAACUCUUGGUGAUCCUCCUGCCUCAGCCUCCCAAGUGCUGGGAUUUCAAGUGUGUGCCACCAUGACCAGCUCAAAGCCACUUUUAUUUGUCCAUUCAUCAAGAGAUGGGCAUGAGGGUUGUCUUUCUUUUCAACUAUCAUGAAUAAUACUGUUGUAAACAUUUACAUACAAGUUUUGUGGGAUAUGUGUUCUCAUUUCUCUUGAGUACACACCUAGGAAUAGAACUGCUGGGUCACCCAGUCACUAUUUUCAUUUGUGGGGGAGCUGCGGGCUGUUUUGCAGAGUAGAUGCACCUUUGCACACUUCCGCCACCACCGUGCAAGGCUCUGGUCUCUCCACAUCCUCCUGACACUUAUCAUUGUGAUUUUUGCUGUGGGCAGCCUCGUGAGUAUGAGGUGGCUUCUCACUGCGGUGCUGGUCUUUCCCUAGAGGCCAGUGUCCUUCCUCUGUCACUCCACGGCAGCGGGUGGAGAGAUGGUGCUGAGAACUUGUUAGCGUCACUGUUUUAUAAUCCUGGCCAAGUCUCCCUGGCUGUGAUACUUAACCUCUCUGAGCCUCAGAUUUUCGUGUCUGUUUCUAUGAUUGUUGUGAUAAUUCAUCAAGAAACUAUAGCGAGCCUUUUUCCCAGCUCUUGUCUCAGUAUGGGAAGUUUAUAUUUGUAAUCCCAUAGAAAAGUGAUGGGAAUUCCAGGGAGUUAAUUCCAAUCCAGUGCACCCCAAGGCAAGAAUAAAGACACUAAGACAGAUGUACAGUUACAGGGAGCUGCCGUGGCUUGGGGGCAAGUGACAGUGAGAAACAGUGACAGAGCUGGGCUGGGUGGGAGGCCUGAGAUCACCUCCGCCUAUGCAGAGGGCAAGAAAUGCAGAGAGAGCAUAACAGGGCUGAGGUACCGCCUAGCAUUGGGCCUGUGCUUCAGCUCUGACGUACAAUCUUUUCUGCUCUGGGAAGUCAGAGCCUCUUAUCUCCAGGCUCGCUCCCAGCAGACAGUGUGGAGCAUGGCUCUUCAUCCGCCUGACUCAACCAUGAUUUUUGGGAGUCACUGGGUGGGGAAACAGUGACUGCAACCCAGUGUCAAAGAUUACACAUCAGUCAGCACUAUUUUCAUUGCUUAAAGCCAAUUAAAGGGACAAAAAUGGCCUAAGCAGCUCUGUACAUAUCAAUACAUGAAAAUAGGGCCACCUUUAUCCAAAAUGGAGAUAAUUGGUGUUUUCUUGGCUUUUGUUUUUGUUUUUUUGGUCUUUUGAGACAGGGUCUCACUGUGUUGUGCAGGCUGGCUUGAGCUCACUUUGUAGCCCAGACUGGUCUUGAACUUGCAACAAUUCUCCUGCCUCAGCCUCCCAAGUGCUGGGAUUAUAGCUAUGUGCCACCAUGCCUGGCUAAUAAUUGCUCUUCUGUCAAGGAGAGUUGUCCAGGUAAUUCCCCACAGAAAUAGUAUAAAAAUCCCUUUCAUGGUAACUGGCACAGGGUAAGAGCUACAUAGCUAGGGCUGGGGAUUUAGCUCAGCGGCAUAAGUGCCUGCCUUGCAAGAGCUACAUAGCUGGUAGCUGUUUUUAAAAAUCAUCUUUGUGGCUAUAACAGUUAUUUUUUCUACACAUUCUCUCCUUUUGAGUUGUAAAGUAGUCCUAUCCAGGCUUGAAUUUGAGAACUGGAAAUGUGCAUUAAAAUAACUUUUACUUCUUUGAACCUUGGAUUCCUCCUCUCUGAAAUGGGAUAAUCCUGCUGGGACUAUUCAAUGAGGGAGCAGAUAUAACAGUUGCUAUGGUUUGUGUCUGGAUGUCCCCCAAAGCUCAUGCAGUCGUGGGGGUGGGCUUCUAGAGUUUGUGAUUGAUUCAUGGUCCAAUGGUGGGAUUGUAUAGGUGUGAGUGACACACCCGCCCUCCGGUGGGUAGCCUGGGUGUAGUAUAAGGGACAGAAAGAGGCUUUUCUCAGGGCUCCUUCCCUUUUGCUCGCUGUUUUUGCUGUUUUCUGCCGCAUGAACUGUUGCCCUCUGUCAUGUGCCACUCUGCCUUGGAGCCAGCUGAAUAUGGACUGAAACCUCCACAAACUGUGAGCCAAAUAAACCUUUCCUUUCUUCAUUUUGGAUGUCAGGUAUUCUGUCUCAGCAACCAGAGAAAAGUAACCAACACAAAGGUGUUACAGAAAUAAGUGGCAUAUGGUAAACCCUCAUUAAGUAUUGGUUCUUAUUAAUAAUGCUAUUAUUAGGAUUAUCAUCAUUGGAUCUAUAUGUUUACUAUUCAACAAAUACUAAAUAUAUACAUAUAUAGUUAUUCUAAAAUUCGAUUUGUUUAAAAUAAGACUUAGGCCAGCUAGCAUAGGGCAAAUGGCAAAAGGCAUAAUUAGUAAAUGCCCCCUAUGUGGCAGUACAUGACUAAUAAGUGACAAUUGCACACAGUAGGUGAUAUGAUUCUAGCAUCCUUGGGUCCAACACACAAUUCCUCAUUUAUUUAUUUACUUAUUAUUUGAAAUAAAUUCUAUGUAGCCCAGGCUGUCCUUGAACUUGUGAUGACCCUCCUGCCUCAGCCUCACAAGUACUAGGAUUACAGGUGUGUGCCACUAUACAAUUUCUUAUAAGGAGACUAUGGUGUCUAUAAGACCAGAUAACUAUGAGAACACUGUGUAACGAUAACUACUUUUUCUUUCAGAAGGUGGAAACGUGCCUUAACAUUGAACUUCCUCAAAUUCAGUCGUUCAGGUUCCAAUGGGGACAUGGAAAAGUGUACAUUUACUGGUGCAGUGAUUCUACCAUUGAGUGCCCUAGAAUAAGCGUGAGAUGGAAUACUUAAGCCUGGAGUUCCCUCUGUUACUCUCUGUCCCUGUGUGCUUUUCAGAGAAAGUGUCUUUUUUGUUUGUUUGUUUUGUUUUGUUUUGUUUUUUUUGUUUUUUAAAGGACUGGAGAGCGCCCGCGGGUCUCGAACCACCGGACCAAUCGGCCCGGGCGGUUGGGAAGCCAGACUGGAAGGAACCGCUGGGCUAAAGCCGGCCCUUGUUUUGGUUUUUGAGGCAGGGUCUCACUAUGGCCUUGAACUCACUAUAUAGCCCAGGUUGACCUCGAACUCAUGGCACUCUUCCUGCCUCAGCCUCCCAAAUGCUGGGAUUAUAGGUAUGCACCACCAUGUCUAGCUUAGAGUGAGCAUCUAGACACUUAUUCCACACAUUAAUCUAGAUACAAAUUUUCCACCCCAAGGGACCCCUAGAAUAAGCCAACUCCUCACCUUUACCUGGCGCAAAUCUGGGAGAGCACUACAGGGUCUUGUUCCAGAGCUGGAGGGAGAAUUGGAUGUGGGGCCCUCUAGAAGGCCAUCUUUGGGCUUAUGCAAUGUGAGCAAUUUGAGGGCUCACCAAAGGUAAUUUUGACUACGUAUCUUAAGUGCUGACUUUAGAAGACAACUCUCAGGUAACAAGCUUCUUUUCUGUUUAUCCUGUAUUUUAAAAUGAAAAAUAGAAGACAAAUAGCACUAGAUUUGCUCUCUUCCUUUUCAUUAGUGUAAGGGCCAUUAACACCUCACUGGAUGCAGUCUCAUGGCGCAUGGCUUGGGAGUGCUGCCUGGAGCUGCUCUGGGAGGCCCAGAUGGAAAGGGACGUAGUCACCUGGGAAAUGGGCAGAUAUCAGGAGUGGUGUGGACCACAAACAGAAGUCCAGAUGGGCUCCAUCCUCACCCAGGACACAGCAGUAGGUGAUGCGCCCUGGCCACUGCUGUUCCUGCUUGGGCUGACGAGGAACUGGCUAAGGAAAUAAGACAGGGCCUCAAUAACUGAGCCUAGGGCAUGAGGCCGUGGCCAGCUUAGGGAAAAUGAGACAAGAGGCAGAUCAGCUUCUCAGAGCCUCACAACCAAGCUCAGAUCUGCAGGUAGAGACAGGGAUUCAGCUACAACAGGCAUCAAGGGGCUCCAGCUUUUGGGGCUGCAGGCUUGGGUGGACAGGAUGCUGAACAGGAAGGUGUAAGAAUUUGGGUGUGGUGGUGCAUGCCUGUAACCCUAGCACUUGGAAGGUUGAGGCAGGAGGAUCUUGGUGAGUUAGAGGACUAUCUGCGCUACAUAAGCAAGUUCAAGGCCAGCCUGAACAGCCGAAAAACAAAUAAAUAAGGAAGGAAGGAAAGAAGGAAGGAAAAAAAGAAAGAAAGAAUGAAUGAAUGAAUUUUGGGGUGGUGAUGAUAAAAGACAGAAAUCUAAUACAAGUUAACUACCAAUCCACAAGGGAGAAUUUACUGGAUUGUCUGCCUGGCCAAUGAAAGAGAUGGGGCUGUCCUUAGAAAUGGGCUGGUCUCAAAUUUGCAGCAAUCCUCCUGCCUCAGCCUCCUGAAUGCUGGGAUUAUAGAGAAAUGAACAAGUCUCUCCUGGUUACUCAGUCAAGGAGCCCAAGAAAGGCUCUGAUUGGUCAGGUUUGAGCUGUCUACCAUUCUUGAACCAAUCACUAUGGCAAUCGGCUUGGUGUCAUCUCAUUGGCCAGCCCUGGGUCACGUGCUGGUCCCCGGAGCAGGAAGUAGGCAGACCUGGCAGAGUGGAGUGAGGCAUGCUGUGGGUUUUUCUCAGGGAAGAAUCCUGCUGUCAUAACUUGGAAGAAGUGCGGCCGUUAGACAAAAACCAAGUAUCUAUGACAAGGUCUUUUCAAAAAUCGAGAUUCCAGGGACUGUAAAGGCCACUUCUGUUGUACUGAUGUGUCUCAGCCUUGCAGCAGGCUGUGGAGACCUAGCCCCUGGUGACUGCCGUAGGGGCUGGGCCCUCCGUGUCCUUUCCUCGGCCCCUCCAGGAGCCUUGCUCCCCGCCAACGGAUGCUGCGUGGACCUUGGGGGCUGCUGACUACCCGAUCAUCACUACCAUCAGUUCGCUUGUGGCCUCCGCACUAAACCAAGCCUUCUGCGUCCUCACCACCUUGAUGAGUUCUUUUUAGAGUUUAUUCCAAGUGAGUUGGGAGCCGUGGGAGGCUCCGAAGCAGGGAGCUAAAGGUAAUUGCAUUCUCUUGGGAAGAUUUCCCUCUUCGGGAGUCCAGUCCUUUCAGAUGCUCGUCUAGCCCCGCAAGAAGACCAGGGAAGUUGAGAGAGGAGCAGGAGAGCGAGCCCCUGGAGGCUGCCCUGGAGAGGAGUGGUGUCCCUCCCGGCCCCUGCUGCCUGGCGCUGUGCUAGUGUGGCUGGCUGCUGUUUCCUCAGAGCUGGCCUCACCCAUGAGAUGGGUCCUCUCCUUGCAAUGGAGGAGGCACCGGAGGACGCAGGGAGCAGAUCCAGCCAGGACACAGCUCCUACGGCCCCUAGAGGAGCAGAGAUACGAGGAGAUCCAUUAUGGUCUCUUCCCGUCCUUGCCUCUGGUGUUGUGAGGGGCUUUGGGGCUCAGGACAGUCCCAGAAGAGCAACUGCAGGAGGAGAAUCCAGCCACAUGACACGAGGGACCCACUGCACAAUAAACAAACAGAGGCCUGGAAGAAAAAAACACUGCAAGGAUCGCAGGUUCUAGAACAUUCUGAGAUGGGGAGGGGUGGGAGCCAAGGCAGGGAAGAGUUGGGGUCCAAUUCUCAGCAGCUCCAGAAAAUUGACACAAGCGAUAGAGCCAUCUGAGUCACUUGUCCACGAAGGCAGCCAGCCGUGUGCAGACUGAAGGCCACGUGAGCACGAGAAAAAGGCACAGGGCCCUGCUGGAGCAACCUGGAAGAGGGAUGGUGGCGCCGAGGCCGGACUGGGGUGGUGGGUCUGGGGAGAUUCGCACAAAGCUGCGAUAUGCUUAGGAGGCAGGACCGAUGGAUUUGCAAGGGGGUGAAGAGUGAUCCUCCUCUUCUCUGGUAGAUAACAAUGCUUUAGUGCCACAAACAAGACCUAGGAGAGGCAAGCUGUGGACUGACGCCCAUAGUUAGGGGUGGCGAGCAAGCAACUAAACACCCAAGCCACUACCACCUGUGCCCACUAUUGUUAAUGUAGGACAUCAAAACAUUUGAGGAGCUGGAAACAGAGAGAGGUAGAGAGAGACAGAGAAAGAGAAAGGAAAACGGAAAGAGGGGGGAAGGGAAGGGAGGGGAAGAGCAUGUUCCUUUCAAACGAAUGACUUUAGCUUUAGGCAAAGCUGUGGGGUGGCAAGUUUCCCUUUUUUGGUGCCACACACCCAUGGGCCCUGGGAGCCACUCUAGCCAGCCUCCCACUUGGGGCUGGGCAUGUGCUGCCCUCCUGGGCGGUAAGCACAGCACCAGGAAGAGGGGGUCCUCAAGACCACAUGCAAGCCAGCUGGCUGGCAUACCUAGCAUCUAAAAAGGGGAAGCCACCCAGGGCUCAGAGGGUAGAUAGCCUUGACCUCUGUCCUGAGGCUUCUGGGAAACCAUGAGGAUUAUUUCCACCAUACUGUGCAGCAUCUCACUAUGAAAAUGCUCAUACAAAUGGAAUACAGUAAAUGCUUUAUGCCCAUAUUUUGUUAGAAAUAGAUUCUGCGUCACAUAUAAUAAUACCUACUGAGUGUUGAGUGCUGUUCUCAAAUGGGACAUGGAUUGAAAUCUUUGAGCCUUGUGAAUAACCCUGUAAGAUGGUUCUAUUACAGUUUAGACAGCCUAUCUAUGCUAACUGUGUUUGGGGAAAUCUCUUGGUUAUACCGUCUUUAUUUUAUUUUAUUUGAGACAGGGUCUUACUCUGCAGUUCAGGCUGGCCUUGAACUUGAUUAUGUAGCUUGAACUAUGACAACCCUCCUGCCUCAGCCUCCCAAGUGCUGGGAUUAUAAGUGUGUGCCACAAGGUCUAGCAAAAUCCCUCUGUUAUAACCUUCAUCUCUCCUAUAUAUAUUACAAGCUAAUUAAAUGCACCUAGGAGGUAGCAUGAGACUCAAGGUUUUCAAAUAUAUGCACCAUGCAGCACUGUCUUUAAGACACAUGGUCUCCUUAUGCAGUUCAGGCUGGCUUGAGCUCACUUUGUUUAGCUCAGGUUGGUCUUGAACUCCCAGCGAUCUUCCUGCCACAGCCUCCGAAGUGCUGAGAUUCCAGAUGUGCAUCACCACACUUGGCUCACUAUGUAACACUUUGACCUGGAGGAUAUAACACAUGGGGUGGUAAAUGUGAGCAGAAUUCAAAUUUAGGAGCAGAGGGGCAGUUUUGACCUUUAACCUACACAAUUGAGUGUCCACUUCUCUGGACACCAAGCUUACCAGUGUACUGCUCUGUCCCUCUGCUGAUGGCAAGCUUCCCUGUGGACUGUAUUCAUUCCUAUCUGUUAUAUAGCAGUAGAAACUAAUACAGCCCCACAGGCCAAAAUCAAGAUGCAGAGAGCUGAGUUCUUGUAUAAGAACACUGUGGUUGACAGAAUUCAGUUUCAUGAAGUUGUAGGACUGAGCCCUCUGCUUCCUGUCAGACCGUGUUCCUUCCUGUGUGACCCCUCCCAUCCUUAAGCCACCAGUGACACAGUGACUCUUUCUUGUGCUUUAUACCUCUGACUUCUCCUCUGGCACCUGUUUAAGAAAACUCUUUUUUUCAGACUCACCGAUAGUGUCAGGGCCAGCAAGAUAAACUUCCUGUUCCAAGGUCAACUGUACCAUAAGACAUACCCAGUUAUGGUAGAAAGCUGCCCAUGCCUUAUACUCAAAGUUCUGCUGGUCCUGCAGCAUACACAGGAUGCAGGAAAUCUCACAGUCACCUAGAAUUCUACCUAUUACAGAAGCAGGAUGUGCCCAUCCUGAGCUGCACUGUCACCCCACACUCCUCUGAGUACCAGGACCUUAGAAUCCUCUUACCAAGUGUUUCUGAACCUCUUUACAAAUCUAAGCUCUUGAAAUCUGGGCACCAUGGGCAUGCUCCUAGAUCCGAUGGGUGGCCAAGGGGUGUCUGUGUGCCAGGCACGUGGGCCUAAGAUCUGGGCAUCCUUCCACACACGUGUGUAGAAGGGCCCAGAAGGGAGGUACGAAGGCAGUGGGUGUGGACUGGAGGCCUUGCACCGGCGUCUCCACAUUCCUUCAGGGGGAUUCCAAGAACUCAGAAUUGGAAAGUGGCUUUUCAGAUUAUAAGGAAGGCAUGUUUAGUAGAAUAAAUGAGAGACUUAUUGUAUUUUAAAGUUUGUUAUGGCAGCGAAGUGUUCAAACGCAGAAUAUUCUCGUGGCCAAAUACAUUUCCUAGGACCGCCGUCACAAACAACCCCCAACUUACUAGCUGAAAACAAGUUCACACAGUCUUGGAAGCUGGAUGUCCAGCAUCAGUAUCACCGGGCUGAAAUCAAGGUGGCAAGAGGGCUAUGAUCUCUCCGGGGCUUUCAGGAGAGGCCUUUACCUGUGUCUUUCAGCUCUUGUGGCAGCCGGUGUCCCCAUCACUCAUCUUUCAAAUCUGCUCACGUCUCAUCUCCUUGCAUGCGUACUAUUCCGUGUCUGAACCUGCGCAUGCGUGUGUGCUGUGUGCGUUGCGCGUGAGUGCGCAUGCGUAUGAUCAAUUUGCCCUCAGUCCCUCUCGUACGACACGUGAUCACCUUGCAGCCCAUCCAGAUGUGGCAGGAUCUUCUCACAUCUCACGGUCCUUUGUCUAGUCACGUUUCCUGUGGCUUUUACCCAGUAAGGUAACCUUUCCAGGUUCCAGGGAUUGGGAUCUGUUAUCUCUGGGGCCACCGCUCAGCCAGCUCAGGAGAGGUGACCCCGAUGGCUUUCAGCUCAUUCAAGCAGUGGCGGAGAUUAAGGUCCUAGACCUCCAUCCCCAACACCAGUGGCACCGGCUGCUCCCUGUUCCCUCAAGGAGCCAGACGGUGGCCGGCAGGGAUCUUUCUGUGGACCGGUCCCUGUUAUGCAUUGUCCAAGGGAACCUGGCUUCUGGCCUUUUGAUAUGCUGUAUGCACUGCCUGAACCCCUUUACAAAAUCUUUUUUUUUCCACAAGUUGAUAGAGGUGUGAUUGACACAUCAUCAGAUUACCCUUUUUAAGCCACUGCAUUAAUUUUUUAAAGUAAAUUCACCGAGCUGUGCGACCAUCACCACAGUCCAGUUUCAGAGCACUUUGUCUCCUUGUCGAGACCCUUGUAACCGUUAGCGGUCAGUCCCUGUCCCCACCCCCAUGGCUGCCCAUCCCAUGUGGCCACCAAGUAUCCUCUGCCCCUCGAGAUUUGCCUGCUCAGUCUUCCUUCACUCAUCUGUGACCAAGUACAUGUGGGGCCAGGAGGGAGACCACAGCCCAAGCAGGGGGCCACACGGUCUGGCUCAGGCAACUGGUGGGCAGUGGAUUAACCAUGGGAGGGGAGGGGCAAAUGCCCGCGAGAGAAGCCAGUUUGGGGUGCAAGGCAUUGAAUUUGAGGCAUCUGAUGAGAGUGGGUAGAUAGAUGAGCCAUAGAUGUAGCUGUAGAGCCUGCAUCACAGCAUGUAGGUGACCAGAACCAUGGAAGCUGUGGGAAUCCAACAGAAGAGAAAGACGGGCCAGUAAGAGGGCCGGGAACAGAUCCCUGGUCAGCGCUGGAUGCAUGGACUGGGGAGUCCAGAGCCCCCCACAGGAUUCUGAUAAGGGGCAGCCUCGGGAACCCCAGAGCUGGCAGGAUGUGGAUUCCUCGAAGUCGAGGGUAGUGCCACUCGGUGCAGGGGAUUGGUGCUGCUGCAUUCCCAGAAGCUCAGGCCUGUUGCUUUUGUGGCACGGCCUUGGCCAGGGAGGCCCGGAGCAGGGGCAGGGUUGGGAACCAGAGUGGCGUGGGCGGAGCAGUGAAUGGAGCCUGAAAUGGAUGCAGUGACUCACUGUCUCAGAGGAGAGAGGAGAGCGCGUGGAGCGGUGGCAGAAGAGUGCGGGAUUGGGGGAGGGUUUCAGACGAGAGGGGAAACCGAAGGGAUAAAUAGAAACGGUCAGCAUCACUGUCAUCGGCAUCUUCGCCGCCACCAACCCGCAGCCGCAAUGAAGGUUUUACAUUUCAGGACUGCUCUCACCUCCAGACCUUUCUUCCUCAUGCCGUGGUCAGAACCGAGCCCUUUCGACUCUCAUCUGUGGUUACACUUGCACCCUGUGUUCUUUCCUCUACUUCUGAUGGUUCCGAUGGCUCCGCAGUGCUAAGUCCUUCCUCUCGGCAGACCCUUUAACAUGACAGCCAUGCCUUGUUUAUCAGCCCCCUCUUGUUUAUCAAGACCCUCUUCAAGGCAGCGUGCAUAGCCAGAUGUGGUGGUGAACAGCUGUAGUCCUAGCACUGUGGCAGGCCGAAGCAGGAAGAUCUCCAGGUCAAACCCAGCCUGGACAGCUUAGAAAGACCUUGUCUCAGAUAAAAACUUUGAAAAGGUUUGGGGUGGUGGGGAGUGUGGCUUAAUGUGAAGGCCUUUGGUUCAAUCCCUAGUACCCCCGAAAGGAAUAAAAAGGGCAGUGUGGACACUCUUGCUUUGCUUGUGGAAGUACAAAAUGGUUCACUCUUUUCUGGUUUGACAAAAUGAUGGAGAUACAAAAUGCACACACCACCUCCCCCAUGCACAUCCUCAGGCGUUGACACCUCGAGCAUGAGAGGUGCUAACGCAAGCAUUUCUGGCAGUUCAAGGCCAGGCUGGGCGACAGUGCAGUGCAGUGGUGCGCUCAGGGCCAGGCGGGGGUUAAGCAGAUUCACAGGCAGCUGGCAUCCUGGGCUCCUCCUCUCACUGCAGAGCUACCUUUGCUCAAGGAGCCCAGGUGCUAUAAAGCAUACAGACAGGCAGACAGAAGAGUGAUACUUCUUCCUGGCAAGCUCUGAGCACCACACAUCAUGCAGACCCAGUUCUGCAUUCAUACGACUGCAAGGGUCCUUCGUAUUCACAGCACGGGCCUUGGGACACUGAGGUACAUCUUCCUGGUGGCCGUCUGCAUCUACAUCUGCUUCGCACUGGUGACAGACAAGAUGUACCAGCGGAAGGAGCCGGUCAUCAGCUCGGUGCACUCCAAGGUGAAGGGCAUGGCCGAGGUGACGGAGGAGGUGGUGGGCGGAGUGAGGAGGUCGGUGCAGAAGGUCUUGGACACCGCAGAUUACACCUUACCCCUGCAGGGAAACUCCUUCUUCGUGAUGACAAACUAUCUCCAGACAGAGGGCCAGGAACGGGGGCUGUGCCCUGAGUACCCCACGCCCAGGACGCGCUGCUCCUCCGACCGGGGCUGUAAGAAGGGGUGGAGGGACCCGAAAAGCAAAGGAAUCCAGACCGGCAGGUGCGUUGUGUACAGCGGGACCACGAAGACCUGUGAAGUCGCCGCCUGGUGUCCCGUCGAGGCCGUGAUAGAGGCCCCCCGGCCCGCAAUCCUGAGCAGUGCUGAAAACUUAACAGUGCUCAUCAAGAACAACGUCCACUUCCCUGGCCACAACUACACCACGAGGAACAUCCUGCCUGGCCUGAACGCCUCGUGUACCUUUCACAAGACGAAGAAUCCUGAGUGUCCCAUUUUCCGGCUAGGAGACAUCUUCCAGGAGGCGGGGGACAACUUCUCAGACGUGGCCGUCCAGGGAGGAAUCAUGGGCAUCGAGAUCAACUGGGACUGCAACCUGGACAAGUGGUCGCAUCACUGCCGCCCCAAGUACAGCUUCCGGCGCCUGGAUGACAAGUCCGUCGAGGAGAUCCUUGUACCCGGCUACAACUUCAGGUACGCCAAGUACUACCGCGAGAACAACGUGGAGAAACGCACCCUGAUCAAAGUCUUCGGAGUCCGCUUUGACAUCCUGGUGUUCGGCACGGGAGGAAAAUUUGACAUCAUCAGUCUGAUCGUGUACAUCGGAUCCACCCUUUCCUACUUUGGCCUGGCCACCGUGUUCAUCGACUUUCUCAUCAACACCUACUCGAGCGCCCUCUGUCGGUCGCACGUCUACCCCUGGUGCCCGUGCUGCAAACCCUGCGCCGCCAACGAAUACUAUUACCGCAAGAAGUGCCAGGCCACGGUGGAGCCCAAGCCGACAUUAAAGUACGUGUCCUUUGUGGAUGAACCCCACAUUCGGAUGGUGGACCAGCGGCUGCUCGGGAAAAGCCUACAAUAUGUCAAGGGCCAAAAAGUCCCAAGACCCCCGACGGACUUCACGCUCCUGUCCAAGCCGCCCACGUCUCCCCCGGAUCCGGCCCCAGCCCCUACACAACCGGAGGAGAUGCAGCCACUUCGCAGGCCAGACACCUCCGCGUCUGGGGACAGCCCGGAAUGGUGCCAGUGCGGAAGCUGCCGCCCGUCCCAGCUCCCCAAGGACAGGAGGUGCCUGGAGGAGCUGUGCUGCCGGCGGGGGCCGGGCCCCUGCAUCACCACCUCCGAGCUCUUCGGGGACCUGGUGCUGUCCCGACCCGCCCUGCGGCAGCUGCUGCUCUACCAGGAGCCCUUGCUGGUGCUGGACGGGGAGGCCACCAACAGCGGGCUGCGACACUGUGCCUACCGGUGCUACACCACCUGGCGCUUCGGCGCCCAGGACGUGGCCGACUUUGGCAUCCUGCCCAGCUGCUGCCGCUGGCGGAUCCGGAGUGAGUUCCCCCGGAGCCACGGCCAGUACAGCGGCUUCAGGUGUCCCUACUGACCACGUGGCAGGGAUGGACCCUGUGAACCCACACGAGCCAACCAUGCAGACCUCCGCAGGGGCCGGAUCGAGAGACGCAGGUUUAGGUCUCGAUCCUGUCCCUAGGAAGCUGCGUGACCCUCAGCCUUCAGUGUCCACACAUCCAUCUCCUCACUCCCUGACCUGCUGGCCCCGGGCUGUUGUGGGGACAGCUGGGACAAUGGGCAGGUCCGUCUCACCUAGGCCAGAGCUGUCUCAAUGUGCACUCAGGGUGGGGGGGACACUGCCCCAUGAGCUCAGCCCAGAACAGGGCCAGGCUAGAGGAUGCGGAGGGCAUAAGGUGGCCAUAGAUCCUGACACUCGUCCCUCAGGACCUGAGUAUGUGCCAUUUGAAUGGCUUUGUCUAACAUUGGAAGUGACAUUGUGUCCGCUCAGGGUCUCAGUCUCGAGAGGCUGGAGCUUCCCCUUCCUGGCCCUUUGCACCAUCCUGAGGUCGUCCCACCUCGAGGAAGCCCAGGUGUCUGCAUGGACGGUGCCCAGCAGCCCCCAGCUUUUAUACCACCCAGGCCAUGGCAGAGCACACCCCAAGUGGCAACUGCUUGGUCAACCCAGACCGCCAAACAACUGUCUCACAUCACCAGGUUCUGGGGUGACUAGAGAGCAAGCUCACCUCCCUGGGGUGGCAGACAAGCUACACUUCCCCAGGCCCAGAGCUUCACAAAGGACAGCGGACCCUUUGGGGGCGCAGGUUUCCUGGGACAGACCCAGCCUAGGACUCACGAAGCAGCCCUGGGGAGCCAGCAAGCCUGACAGCGACUCUGGUCCAUCCCAGCAUGAGCACAGCCCCAGGGCCGCGGGGGUGACAGCGGCCACCUCUGUGCUAUCCCCUCCUGCGGCCUGUGCCUGGUCCCUGGGGCCACACCUCAGCCUUCACCAUGACGUCAGUCUGCUUGGGGAAUAUUGGGGUGCGGGGCUGUUCAGAUUUUUCGCUUUGUCACUGGAGCCAACCCUAUUUCCAAACAACAACCAUUUCAAAGAAUAAAUAGACAACAGUGAAUAGCACUGAGGUACUGUGACCCACGAGGUGUGAGUUUUAAAAGAUAAACUGCAGGACUUAUUUCGGGCCAGUCUCGGGGUGACUCAGGGGUGGUGCAGGCUGGCUGAGUGCUGCCCCCCUGAGGCUCCUUCUUCUUUAUUUUUUACGUUGAGAUAGGAUUUCCCCAAAUUGCCCAGACUGGCCUUGAACUCACAACCUUUCUGCCUCAGCCUCCUGAGUAGCUAGAAUGCAGCCCGGUUUGACAACUUUACCACUUUAAUAACUGUUUAAAAUAAGCAACUUUCCACUCUGUUAAUGUCAAAUAAUUUUUGAAAGCAUACAUAAAGCCCUUCUCUUUUUGACCUAGGGUUUUACGUGGCUUUACACUCAGGAAUCAAGUUAACUGUGCCACACUGAAUUUUCAUUUUUGUUUACCUGUUCAGAGCUAUCUUCCCAGAAGUGGAAAACCCAUGAUUUCUUUAGAAUUGCAAUAUUUUGUCCUCAGGAUUCUGUGGAGUGGCCACAGGUUUCAGUUCUGAUGCCCUUUGAACCUCUAGACCUUUAAUUUUGGUGCCUUACUCCUGGUGUGAACCUGUCUCCUUGUAGAGGCCUCAGGUGGAGUCAGAUUUUUUUUUGAGAUAAGAUCUCACUAUGUAGUCCAGGCUGGCCUUGAACUCAUAACAAUUCUCCUGCCUCAGCCUCUUAAGUGCUUAGAUUACAGGCGUGAGCCACGACACCCAGCUAGAGUCAGAAUUUGGAAGAGCAAAUCAUCACCGGAUCCUCUGCUGUUCUCCUUCCCUUCCUCACUGGGGCCCGGGUGGAGGUGCUAUGCCCCACUUCCCACGGGAACAGGGACUAUACCCGUGUUCCUGGUUUUCCCCUCCUGGCAUCCCCUUUCUUCCAGCGCAGCGCAGCCUCCUAUUCCAGUACCUUUGCAGAAUUUCCCGUUUCAGCUGUGUCUGAAGGGAAGUGCACGGCUUUCCUGCUGGCCCAGGCUGAUUUCACAGAGAACUGAGAGUGGACUUGUUUCUCUCUCUAAAUGGAACCAUUUUUAAAAUCCUUCCUAAUUCUAGGUUGGCAAUGUAGGUAGUGGGUUUGUUUUCUUUUGUUUUUGUUGCUUGAUCUUUUGAGACAGGGUUUUGCAAUGCAGUUCAGGCUGGUCUUGAACUCACUUUGUGACACAGGCUGGCCUUGAACUCUCCGCGAUCCUCCCGUCUCAGCCUCCUGAGUGCUGGAAUUACAGAUGCGUGCCACCCCGCCUGGCAAUGUAAGCAUUGCUAACUUGACUGUUUUGGCAAUUAAAAAAAAAAGUGAUGUAUAA